AGGGGGGAAGGAGGAAGGGAAAGGAAAGGAAGGGAAAGGAAAGGAAGGGAAGGGAAGGGAAAGGAAGGAGGGGAGGACGGAAGGAAGGAGGAGCUGAGGCGGCCGCGCACGGACCGGCGGGACCCGCCACGGGAGAUCCUGCGCGGCUCCCGCCGGGGCCGCCAGCCAUGCGCACGGCGGGAUGAAGCUGCAGGCGGUGGUGGAGCAGCUGCAGAAGCAGCGGCAGCAGCAGCAGCAGCAGCCGGCGGUGCCCAUGGAUUGCCGGGAGCGCCGCCGGGAGCCGCAGGUGCCGUUCCCGACACCGCCGCCCUUCCCCGGCCAGCCCCGCGCCGGGCGCGCCCCGGGGGUGUCACCCGCCGUGCCCCCGGGGGUGUCACCCUCCGUCCCCGCGGGCAGAGCCCCCGCCGUGGGCAGCCGGCCCUUGGAGCAGAGCGGCGGGAACUCUGAGGACGAGGAGGAGGAUGAGGAGGAGGAGGACGAAGAGGAGGAUGAAGAAGACGGCGCUGAGCUGGAGGACGGCUCCGGGGUGGCCGGCCGGCGGAGCUGCCCUGCCCUGCCGUAUUUCCGCGCUCCCAAAGGUGCCCAUGGCAAGGCCAGAGGGGGAUCUGCCGGCAGCCCCGUGCCGGGCGCCCAGCAGGGCAGGGAGGAGCAGGGCACAGACCCUGCCCAGCGCUGCGCAGCCCCGGGGCGCCCCGGCUGGCGCCUGGACGAGCAGCUCAAACAGAACGGCGGCGUGAGCUGGAGCGACGACAGCGACGGCGGCCGGGGAAGGGAGAUCUCCCGGGACUUUGCCAAGCUGUACGAACUGGACAGCGAUCCCGAGCGGAAGGAGUUCCUGGAUGACCUCUUCAUCUUCAUGCAGAAGAGGGGAACUCCCAUCAACAGGAUCCCCAUCAUGGCCAAGCAGAUCCUGGAUCUCUACAUGCUCUACAAGCUGGUGACCGAGAAGGGCGGGCUGGUGGAGAUCAUCAACAAGAAGAUCUGGAGGGAGAUCACCAAAGGCCUUAACCUGCCCACCUCCAUCACCAGCGCCGCCUUCACCCUGCGCACGCAGUACAUGAAGUACCUCUACGCCUACGAGUGCGAGAAGAAGUCUCUGAGCUCCCCGGCCGAGCUCCAGGCCGCCAUCGACGGCAACCGGCGCGAGGGCCGGCGGCCCAGCUACAGCUCCUCGCUGUUCAGCUACUCUCCCUCCCCGCCGGGGGCUCCUUCCCUGCUGUCCCCCCCCAAAAUCCGCUUCCCCAUCAUCGGCGUGGCACCAGGCGGCACCACCGGCAACCCCCGCGUGUCGCCGGCCCUCAGGAAAGGUGACGGCGUGCCCCUGACGGUGUCCAUGCCGAGCCGCGUGGCCGUGCCGGUGACGCUGGGUGGCCAGCAGGGCACCGUGGCGGCCAGGACGGCCACGCUGGAGCAGCUGAGGGAGAGGCUGGAGGCGGGAGAGCCCCCGGAGAAGAAGGUGCCGCGCAUGACGGAGGAGGAGCAGCGGCUGGUGCAGCAGGCGCUGCAGCGCAACCUGUUCAGCAUGGCCCGGCAGAUCCCCAUGAAGAUCAAAAUCAACGGCAAAGACAAGGCCGACGCGGCAGCGCUGAACCUGUCCCCGAACGGCAUCGGCAGCAUCAACAUGUCCGUGGAGAUCAACGGCACCACCUACGCCGGGGUGCUGUUUGCCCAGAAGCCCGUGGUGCAGCUCCUGGCCAGCUCGGGCACGCAGAGCUCGUGCAGCAGCAGCAGCUCCAGCAGCUCCAGCAGCUCCCACUGCUCCCCCAGCCCUACCUCAUCGCGGGGCACGCCCGGCGCAGAGCCCUCCACCAGCUGGUCCCUGUGACGG